CUCCUAUGAUUAAUCGCAAUGCAUUAUUGAUCAUCAUAAUUAUGGCAGGACACAUGCGCGCUGGCUGGGGCUCCCUGCCCGGAAUUGGGAGCACAUUUUGGGAGUAAAUUAUUUGUCUUCUGCCCCAGCUGAUGUGUGAGCCAGCAUGUCUCGGAGGAAGCAGGCAAAACCCCAGCAUUUCCAAUCCGACCCCGGUCUGGCCUUGCCUGAGAGUCAUGGUACACUGGACCUGUUACAGUUGAGGAUCAGCAAAGAAUCUUUAGAAAUGAAGGCUGAACCAGAAGAAAUGAAAUUUAAGUUUAAUAUUGAAAGAGCCACAGAGAGGGGUCAAAUUCAUCGGACACCCAAGAGCAAGGACGCUCAUGUCUGUAGCAGAUGUUGUGCUGAGUUCUUUGAAUUAUCAGAUUUGUUGCAACACAAGAAGAACUGCACUAAAAAUCAAUUGGUUCUAAUUGUGAAUGAAAAUCCACCACCUCCCACUGAAGCCACCUCUACAAGUCCUCUCUCAGAUAAUCCUGAUGAGCACAUGAAUGACAUGGUUAAUAACGCAGAUGAAGCAGACUGCAGUGACCUUUCAGAGCAUGACAAGCCUGACAAAGAAAACUCUAUGGAGGUGGAGCUCUCAGGAACUAGCAGUAGCGGCAGGGGUUCCAACAAAGUGGACGAUGAUGUGUCAAGCAGUAAUAAUUCCACAGUGGGUACCUCAGCUAUCACAACCUCACUACCUCAAGUAAGGGAUCUGACAACCUUGGGGAACUUUUCUGUUAUAAACAGCAACGUCAUCAUUGAGAACCUUCAGAGUACUAGGGUGGCAGUAGCUCAGUUUUCCCAGGAAGCCAAAACUAAAGGGACAACAAACAAUAAAAUGGCGGUACCUGCACUAAUGGAACAGCUUCUGGCAUUACAGCAGCAGCAGAUACACCAGUUGCAUUUAAUUGAGCAAAUUCGUCACCAAAUAUUACUGUUGGCUUCGCAGGGUGCAGAAAUGCCUGCAUCUACGAGUGGUCCUCAAGCAUCACUGAGGGUGUCUGCCACUCCAUUAGCCACACUAAGUACCCAUUUGUCCCAGCAGUUGGCUGCAGCAGCUGGCUUAGCACAAAAUCUCGCUAGCCAAUCAGCCAGCAUUAGUGGUAUGAAGCAACUACCCCCAUUACAGCUACCUCAGAGCAGCCCCAGUAACACGGUUCCAUCCAACACUAAUUCUUCUCCCAAUAUGAACUCAAUGGUGGCAGCAGUUACCCCACCCUCCUCUGAGGGAGUCCCUUCAAGCACUGGUGGUUCACAGCUCAAUAACCCACCAGCACCUGUAACAUCUUCACCAGCUUUUGCAAUAAGUAGUUUAUUGAGUUCAGCAUCCAAUCCACUACUACCUCAGCCUACCACAAAUACCACCCUCUUCCCAACCACAUUGCCCAACAUAGGAACAACAGGCGACGAUUUAAACUCCCUUAGGAAAGGGAAGCCACCAAGUGUGACGAGUUUUGAGGCCAAGAGUUCAUCUGAUGAGGCUUUUUUCAAACACAAAUGUAGGUUCUGUGCUAAGGUCUUUGGUAGCGACAGUGCCUUGCAAAUCCAUCUUCGUUCUCACACUGGUGAGAGACCAUUUAAAUGCAACAUUUGUGGAAACCGGUUCUCCACUAAAGGGAAUCUAAAAGUCCACUUCCAACGUCACAAAGAGAAAUAUCCUCAUAUUCAAAUGAAUCCGUACCCUGUGCCGGAGCAUUUAGACAACAUACCAACAAGUACAGGAAUUCCGUAUGGGAUGUCCAUUCCACCUGAGAAGCCAGUGACCAACUGGUUGGACACCAAGCCAGUUUUACCAACAAUGGCAACAUCUGUGGGUAUGCCUCUCCCACCGACUAUUCCAAACCUGACACCGUUUAUAAAGACUGAGGAAAACCAGUCCAUUUCGAUUAUUCCACCUACCGCUAGCCCCUCUAGUUCAGUGAAAAGUGACACACCAGCUACAGAGCCACUGCUAAAAAAAAAUAGCAGUCUUCCAGAUGAGGCUGAGGCGAGUGAAUUAACAAGUUUUGAAGACAGAGGUGAAGAAAAUUCCCAAAAUUCAAACAACUUCCCACAUUUUAGUAGUUCUGUCUGCUCACCUACAACCGAUGCAGGUCCAACCAACACCACUGCUUUCCCAAGUCCUCUCUUGCCUCUGAUGUCAGAACAAUUUAAAGCAAAAUUUCCAUUUGGAGGACUUUUGGAUGCAGCACCUGCAUCCGAGACUUCAAAGCUUCAGCAACUUGUAGAAAACAUUGACAAAAAAUCAAGUGAUCCAAAUGAGUGUGUUAUUUGUCACAGGAUUUUAAGUUGCCAGAGCGCCCUAAAAAUGCACUAUCGGACGCAUACUGGGGAAAGACCAUUUAAAUGUAAAGUUUGUGGCCGUGCAUUCACAACAAAAGGAAACCUGAAGACCCAUUACAGCGUCCACCGUGCUAUGCCACCACUCAGAGUCCAACAUUCAUGUCCCAUCUGUCAGAAGAAAUUUACAAAUGCUGUUGUACUGCAGCAACACAUUAGAAUGCAUAUGGGAGGCCAAAUCCCAAAUACUCCUGUUGCUGAAAACUAUCCAGACUCCAUAGAAUCUGAUACAGGGUCCUUUGAUGAGAAGACAAUUGAUGAUCUAGAUAACUUCUCAGAUGAAAACAUGGAAGAUUGUCCUGAUAGCAGUGUCCCUGACACACCUAAAUCUUUAGAUGCAUCUCGCGAUAGCCUGUCUUCCUCUCCAUUACCCCCUGAGAUUUCUAGUAUUGCUGCAUUAGAGAAUCAAAUGAAAAUGAUCAAUGCUGGUCUUGUUGAGCAGCUCCAAGCUAGCUUGAAGUCUACCGAAAAUGGCUCUGUGGAAGGUGAUGGUAUGACUAAUGACUCCUUCUCUCUUGGUGGAGAUAUGGAAAGCCAGAGUGCUGGAAGUCCAGCUGCCUCAGAGUCUACUUAUUCCAUGCAAGCUUUCUCCCCUUCUAACAGCACAAACGACUGUCUGAAGUCUCCAAACAUGGAGGAAAAGCAACAUAGAGCUUUGCCACCUGAACUUCCCAAUGGAAUGUCACCUACACCAGCCAAUGGAGGUGCUUUGGACUUGACUUCCACUAACACAGACAAACUGGUCAAAGAAGAACCUUUGGGCAUGCUAUUUCCAUUCAGAGAGCGAAGUAAAUUUAAGAAUACUAUAUGUGAUAUCUGUGGCAAAACAUUUGCAUGUCAGAGUGCCUUGGACAUUCAUUACAGAAGCCAUACCAAAGAAAGACCAUUUAUUUGCACAGUCUGCAAUCGUGGCUUUUCCACCAAGGGUAAUUUGAAGCAGCAUAUGCUGACGCACCAGAUGCGGGAUCUACCAUCACAGCUCUUCGAACCUAGCCCUAAUUUGUCCAACAACACCAACUCAACUGUUCCCCAACCACCUAAUCCACUGUCAACCAUGAUAAAGACUGAGUUUAAUGGUUUCAUGCAUGGCUCUCCUCAGGACAAUAAAGAAUUGACACAAAGUAUAAUUUCUUCAGGACCUCUGUCAGCUUCUUCAGCCACUUCCCCAGUUCUCCUCCAAAGCUUGGCCAGAAGGACUCCCAAGCAACAUUACUGCAAUGCAUGUGGGAAAUCCUUCUCUUCUUCCAGUGCUUUACAAAUCCAUGAGAGGACCCACACUGGCGAAAAACCAUUUGCCUGCACUAUAUGUGGAAGAGCGUUUACAACAAAAGGCAACCUUAAGGUGCACAUGGGAACUCAUAUGUGGAACAGUACACCUGCAAGGAGAGGACGGAGGCUUUCGGUAGAUGGACCCAUGACGUUUCUAGGAGGGAACCCAGUAAAAUUCCCAGACAUAUUCCAGAAGGAUUUGGUUGCACGUACUGGCAGUGGAGAUCCAUCCAGUUUCUGGAACCAGUAUGCAGCAGCUUUGUCCAAUGGUUUGGCCAUGAAGACCAACGAAAUCUCUGUCAUUCAGAAUGGUGGCAUUACUCCAAUGACUGGAAGCUUGGGAAAUGGUGGGAGCUCACCAAUCAGUGGCUUGACUGGAAGCCUUGAAAAACUCCAGAACUCUGAACCAAAUGCACCUCUAGCUGGUCUGGAGAAAUUGGCAAGCAGUGAAAAUGGGACAUCUUUCAGAUUUAUGCGUUUUGUGGAGGACAGUAAAGAAAUUGCCACAAACUAGCUUAUAUCUUCUGCGAACAUUUGACGAUCUGGAGAUCCUUUAAUUUUUUAUUUUUGUGAACUGCACCAUUAAGGCUUUUUUUUUUCUUUAACCAUGUUUGAAUUCUAGAGUUUUAAGUGCGUGUAUUUAUUAGUGAUAACGUUAGCUUUGCAUACAAAAUGCAAGCGUUUAACUUUGGUCUGUGUAUUUUCAACUAAAUACUAAUAGACUAGAGUUGUUGUAAACAUGCUGUAACAUUUAUGGCAAUUUGCAAGUCUUGGUAGUUGAUCCUUGGCAUUAACUUAUUUUAUAUAUUCUAGUUUAAUGUGGUCCCUGGUGUUAAGGCAUAACGUAAUAUGGGACAUGGACUUUGGUGAUAAAUGGAUGCACAUUUUAAGGGAAUUUUUUUGUUCAUUCAUAAAUAACUGUUGAUGGGGCUUGAAGACAAAUUUCAGGACUGUAUGGUGCAACCUCUAACUGGCUUGUGUUAUAUAUAUUUUUUUCAUGUUCUCAAGAUUCAAAGACUUACAUUUUCCUUUGUUUUCAGUAGUUUUCUGCUUUUUUAUAUGUCUUCUUAAUGUAUAGAUUUGUGUACAGUGAUGAGCAGGAAGACUAUUGAAGAAAAUUUUUUUU